AUGUCUACCGACGACCAGCUGAAAGAGGCGCUGAAGGAUAGCUGCCACGCCUACGUGGCCGGUGUCGAACCGGCCUAUAACUAUGUUCCUUCGCUGGGUGCCGGCAUUGCCUUUUCCGUUCUUUUCGGCCUGGCAAUGGCCAUACACAUCGUCCAGUUCAUCUGGAAGAGGACGUGGUGGUGUUCUCUGUUUGCCAUUGGUGCCAUGGUCGAGCUGCUUGGUUGGGCCGCGCGAACUUGGUCGGCUCAAUGCCCGUACCAGGGCACUGCGUUUUUGAUGCAAAUUUCUACUCUAAUCAUCGCACCCACGUUUUUCACUGCCGGCAUCUACGUCCUGCUCGGCCGCUUCAUCAGCCUGCUCGGCCACCGCUCGUCCAUUCUUAGCCCCAAACUCUACCUCUGGAUCUUCUGCACCUGCGAUGUCAUCUCGCUCGUCGUCCAAGCCAUUGGUGGCGGCAUGGCCUCCAUGGAAAGUGACAAAGUCAACGGCAACACCAAGCCCGGUACGGAUAUCAUGGUGGCCGGUAUCAUCUUCCAGCUCGCCUCCAUCACCGUGUUUGCCUUCUGCGCUGCCGACUUUAUGCGCCGCGUCUUGAACCAGCGAUUGUUGCACAGUGUGCAAGGUACACUGACGCCGCUGCUGGCCGCCAUGGUGUUUUCCAUUGUGUGUAUCUAUGCCCGAAGCAUCUACCGUACCAUUGAGUUGCUGCAGGGCUGGUCUGGUUACUUGAUCUCGCACGAACGCUACUUUAUUGGCCUCGACGGUGCCAUGAUGGUUCUGGCUGUUGUCGUCUUCAACGUGAUUCACCCUGGUUGGUUGAUGCCCAAGCACAAGAGCGUCGACUACGAGUCGGAGAAUUUGUCCAAUGACUACCCGAUGGAGGAACGAAAGUAA